UCUCGAUAACGCCAUUUUACAACACUGCUUUCUUUUAAUAAACAACGCAGCUGUGAAAAAUAUUUUUAAAUAUCUAAAUACAUCAUUUUAAUUUGUUGUAAUAGUUUGAUAACCACAGCAGCAAGAUGGGCAAGGGAUUCAACAACUACAUGUGCAAGAAAUUCUUUCACCCCGCCUCCAGGGACAAUCUAAAAAGGGUAUGGAUGGCAGAGCAGCAGGCGGAGGCUUACAAAAAGAAGCAAGAGGAGCUGCGCAAUCAGUAUGAAAAGGAGCAAAAUCUGCACGAGAAUAAGGCGAUGCUCAGCAAGGACAGCAAGGAUAAGCUGAGUGUCAACUUCAUGUACGAGCCGCCGCCAGGAGUGCGAAAGGAGCGCGAGAAGGACGACAAUGAGCCGGAGUACAAGUUCGAGUGGCAGCGCAAGUACAAUGCUCCUCGAGAAUCAUAUUGCAAGGGUGACACAGAGAUUCGGGACCAGCCCUUUGGCAUCCAAGUGCGCAACGUCCGCUGCCUCAAAUGCCACAAGUGGGGCCACAUCAACACAGACAAGGAGUGCAGCAUGUACAGCAUCUCGAUGAGCGAGGCCCGAAAAUUACACGCGGAAAGCGAGGCCACUGACAUAAUGUCCAAGAACGUCCUGGAAGAGCAGAUGAAAGAGGAUGGCUUCAUGAUGAAGCGUUCAGCAAUGGAGCUGCAGAGCAUUCACGCUAACCGCCAGCAGCAUCAACUGGUGCCCAGCGAUGGCGAGGAGGAGGCAGCCAGCUCCCAUACCCAAAACCCAGAGCUGCUCUUUCUUAAAUCGCUGUCCAAGAAGCAGAAACUGAAGCUCCUGAAAAAGCUGGAGAAGAUUGAGCGCAUGAAGCGUAAGGGCGAUCAAGCCAUCAAAAAAUCUUCAAAGAAAAAGUCCAAAAAGCAAAAAGAUGAAAAGGAAGGCAAGAAAAGAAAAUCCAAGAGCGAAAAAUCAGGGAAAAAGGACAGAAAAUCUUCAGUUGGCGACAGUAGUUCAUCAUCUUCGUCCUCCUCAUCCUCGGAUAGUGAGGACAAUCGCAGAAGUAAUCACAAAGAGGACAAGAGAAGCAGUCAACAUAAAUCCAGGGAUGCUGAGGACCAUCACCAUCGACGUAGGGAUGAGCAGAGGAAUCGCAGGGAUCGGUCUCGAUCCAGAGAUCGCUCUCGUUCCGGCAGCCGAGAUAGGAGGAGGGAGAGAGAGCGCCGGGAUCAUCAUGCCAGGCGAUAAGACUUUCUUUGUGACACAAAUCCAAAUCCACCAAUAAACUAUAUCAAUCAUUUUUAUAUCUUCAUCAAAAA